AUGGAUAGCGCUACACUUGACACGCGAUGCAAGAAAUGCCAGGAGCUAUCCAAGGCAGUCAACCAAGAGCCAUUCGACCGUGCAUUCUCUCAUUACAAGACCUUUAAGGAGUUGGAGGCCUCAGCUGCCGCUGGAUGUCCGCUAUGUCAGCUACUACGUCGCGUCCUAUUGUUCAGCGCUCGGGACAUUGAGGAACUCCACCUCGGCACUCAGGUCGAGGUGACACCCCUGGGUUCCAAAAGUCCAAGGCCUGAGAAUUUGUGGGUUGUGAUUGGGGACUCGGAGGAUGGAAGUUUCGGGGGAGUAAUCUACCCACCAAAGUACAACAGCAUUGAGCCUAUCCGGCAGUUCAAGCCCCAAGAUAGAGAAACAGACCUUGAACACCUUGUUCGAGAGCGCAUCCAGCCUUGGGUCAAAACAUGUUGCCGAGACCAUGCCUUGUGCAAUCUUCCGCAUGGUCAAACCAGUCCCAGCACGCACAUAGAAAAACCUCCGCUGCCCAAUAGAGUCAUUGACGUGGGGGUAAAAGGAGCUUCACCUCGACUCUAUGUACCGAAACUCGAACAAGGAUCAACUGUCUUCUCCGAUUAUCUCAUCCUCAGCUAUCGCUGGGGCAAAGGAAACCUCAAUGCCCGCACAACAAGACACAACUUUGAGCAGAGACGAGCCAAGAUAAACCUCGAAGAGCUCUCCCAGACCAUUCUUGAUGCCAUUGACGUCACUCGAGCCAUGGGUCAACGUUACCUCUUUGUCGACGCCAUAUGCAUCAUCCAGCACAACCAGGGAGAAGACGCCACCGACUGGCUCGCAGAAGCCCCAUUAAUGGGCAGAUACUAUCAGAACGCCCUGUGCACCAUUGCCGCUGCUGGAGCGUACGAUAGUGACGAUGGCUUCCUCACUGAGAGACCAGGCGAGCUCUAUCACGUCUCACCUGUACUACUCGCGCGAUACAAUGAUUCGGACCAGCCGGGCCAAGAAAUUUACGCCGACCCUUCCAACCCUCUCUGGCAGGCCAAUGUUAUGAAUACUCCUCUGUAUGAUCGGGGCUGGACUCUCCAAGAGCGCUCCUUGUCAAACAGAAUAAUUCAUUUCGGUCGUGAUGCAGUCUUUUGGGAAUGUGUCGAGUUACAGGCGUCCGAAGGUUUUCCCAAGGGCGUACCACAGAACAAGCCCGUUCCAUCUGACAAUCGUUCUCACCAACAACUUCUACGCUCCAAAGACACUUUGAGAGCGCAAGCGCUUGGAGAGUAUUGGUUCCAGCUCGUAAGGGAGUACUCAUCCAUGGACUUUACCUACUUUGAUGAUAGGUUGGUCGCGAUUCAAGGAGUCGCAGAUAGGACUCGGCUGUUUUUCCCUGACACAUACGUUUGCGGCCACUUUGUGUCUCAGUUUAUUUUCAGCCUGGCCUGGCAUGGAACUGGAAGCAUCUGUACUGAGCUUGAGAGAAGCAAGAUGGGGCCAUCCUGGUCUUGGGCGUCUUCGAAGAUGAGUAGGGUCGGUUUUGCACAUCUUGACAACCCCAGAUUCAAGGGAGAAGCCAAGCUAUUGAGCGUGCAAGACUCUCUUCGUUCACCUCCAGGAUCUCUUCAACCAAAAAGAGAAGUUGUGCUGAGCACCCUUGUUCGAUCUCUGCAGGUAUUGCUCAUGCAGGACGAUGGUGAGGGUCUGAAUAUAGCCUCCGGUGUCGCAGUGGACGUUCAAGGACGUGAAAUUAGUACAAGAAUCUUCUUUGAUGAUCCUGCCAGCAUGCCAGAAGAUCUAGAGCCGACGUUUGAGAUCGCCCAGGUUGUAUAUGAGAUUCCCCGCCCUAGUUAUAUCAGUCGCGGAUGCUUAAUCUUGUCACCAGCGACAGGAGAGGUGGGAAAGGAAGACGUCUUCGAGCGUAUUGGGUGGCUGGAGCUUAUGGAGCCCCUAGGACGGCCUACGUGGAAGAGAAAGAAUAUCACAAUUGUCUAA